CUGGGUUCAUUUACCCUCAGAUCACUGAGAGUGAAGCACUCCAAAAACACGCCUCAUAUCUGGGGACUUUCAUGCCAACAUGACCAGUGGGUGCUGUGUUUUUGUCCUAUUUUCCCUCCUCCAUGUCUCGCUGAGUGUGGAAAUGACAGGAUUAUAUGGCAGCUUCUCCUCCCCCAACUUCCCCCAGCCUUACCCUGACAAUCAGCUCACAGUGUGGAACAUCUCUGUCACUGACGGCCUCAGGGUCAAACUAUACUUCAGACACUUCAGCUUGGAGCCCUCAAACCAGUGUGAAUAUGACUUUGUUCAGGUUCUGGCAGAGGGGAAUGAAACGCUGCGGUUCUGCGGUGAGGAGGAGAAGAACUACGAAAGCAGCCCGAGGAACACAGUCAUCCUGUCUGCCAGGAACCUGAUGUCAGUCGUCUUUAGGAGCGACUAUUCUAACGAGGGCAGAUUCACCGGCUUCCAAGCAUUUUACACAUCAGAAGAUAUAAACGAGUGUCUAUCUAAGAUUGAUGGGGAGAGUGUGUGUGAUCAUUUUUGCCACAAUUACAUCGGUGGAUUUUACUGCACAUGCAGACAUGGAUUCCUUCUCCAUGACAAUAACAGAUCCUGCACAGUGCCGUGCCAAAACCAGGUGUUCACCACACUGUCAGGGGUUCUCACUAGUCCCGGCUACCCGAGUCCUUACCUUCCCAUGAGUCAGUGUGACCACACAAUCCAUCUUCCCGAAGGAUACAGAAUAAUCCUGGACUUCCUGGAGCCCUUUGACAUAGAGGGACACCCUGAUGUCCCCUGUCCGUAUGAUACGUUGAAGAUUUCCACGGUGGGGCAGGAGUAUGGACCCUUCUGUGGAUCAACGGCACCGGCUCGCAUUGACACAGGAAGUUACCAGGUGCAAGUUGCAUUCCGAUCAGACGCCAGUGGGAAAAACAAAGGAUGGAAGAUCAAGUAUACAAGUACCCAGGCUGAAUCCAGGAACUGAGGGCCUGUUGACAUGAAAAUUACAUAUGGUUACACUGUUUUGAAAAGUUAACUUAAUGAUAUUCUCAUAAUUAAGGCCACCUAUAAGGGGAGACAAAGGGCAGAGCUUUCUGGGGCCCAGCCAUAUGCAGGGCCAAUGGAAGUCUGGAAAAUCAUGGUCCAUUGUAAAGUCAAGCUGUGAUAACCAUAUUUUAUACUUAACCUGAAUGAUAAUCGCUCUUAUCAAAGUAACAAAAUAUAAAUUUUGUUUAUUUGUUUAUGCCAGAGUACAAUAUAGCAUUUUUAAAGGGGCAAAAUUAUUAUGAAAAAGGAGUGGAAAUAAUGGAAGCAAAUAAAAAGUAGCAAAACUGGGUUAAAACAGCAAGUAUCGGUUUAAAAAAGGCAAAAAAAAAGGGUUCAAUUAAACAGAAAAUGUUAAAAUGAGUUCAAAAGUGGUAAAAAGGGGUAAUAGCGGCAAAGACGGUAAAAGGUAUAAAAUAAGUUGCUAAAGUAGUUUGAAAUAAGGGUUAAAAGAAGCAACAAUUGUUAAAAGUAACAAAAAUGAUUAAAAGAGGUAAAAAUCUGGUUUAAAAGGGAAAAUCUGGGGAAACAGUGAUAAAAAUGGGUUUAAAAAAAAGACUUUGACAUCAAUAAAUAAUUUCAACUUCAGAACCACUAUAACUGGACACUCUUUUAAGCUCCAAAAUGAAGUAACUGUUAGCCAGCAUGCCAAUGCUACUGAUCCAACACACAUGCGUCAAUAUCAUCGAUAAAUCACAGCAGGGGAGGGCCAAUUCAUCGGGAUUUUCAGGGGUCCAGCCAACUCUGUGGGCUGGCCUGCCCAUAAUCGUAACUUAGUUGAAAGGAACUUUCUCAGGCAUGAAUAAUAAUGAUAUAAACAAUCAAUCUGGUUGCUUAUGGGCCUGUUUGCCUUUCUAAGUAAAAUAAAGCAUCAGAACAGAUUUCAGUCAUGCUUCAUAACAAGUUUGAAAUCCCCACAGGAUCUUGAACUUUACCUUUAUUGAGGCAAAGCUUCAGCAUUGCAUCUAUAAUUUCCUGGCAUGGCUUUAUAUAACACAGAGAUACUCUUCAGAUUAAAAAUGGCUCAUUGAAUGUAUCAAAUUAGUUUUUUCAGUUAUCAAAAUACUACAAAACUACAAAAAUCUACAGCACACUUGUGCUACUUGUGCAUAUAAGAGAGGACUGAAAGAUACCGAAAAAGCAUUAAUAUAAAGACAAUUAAAUAAAUGGCAGCUAUAAUGUGAUUCUUUGUGACCAUAUCUGUUCAUAUUUCAAAGUGAUGAUACAAAAUUCAGUAGCUGCACUUUCUUUCAUUGAAGACACAAACACUGGCAGACUAAAUAGCCUGAUUCUGUAAAGUAGUUAAUAAAUCAGCCGUCUGGUCUAAGAGGCAGCGACCGUUCGUCGUUUAACCCUCAUACAUUAUGCAGCUUGUUCUCAGCAACCCCAGCUCCACUCCUCUAUCUAAACAGUCAUUAUGAGGUUCUUCAGACCCAUGUAAUUGCCUCUCAUUUCACACUUUUGCAUACACUCAUUAAUGUUUCCCCGUCUAUGACCUAUGAGUAGGCCAAAGUGCAUGUCUGGAUGUGAGAAUGAAAUGCACUUGUGUUGAUUUACACUUCUGUUGCUUUAGUGUUUUUUUUUUUGCUUCAAGUCUCAUAGAUAAAGCCCCCACCACUUUUCAGUGGACUUUUUUAUGACCUGAUUGUGUUCACUUUGUCUGAACUGUUAUGCUGCUGUUUUCUGAUCUCUUUGAAGGCCACAGCUUAGCAGAGCAGGGAGCAUACUGACCCAUACACCACCUUGGCAUUUGCAAACAUACGAUACCUCAGGUGGACAUGCAUACGAAGAAAGUCAUCUGACCACAUCGCAUUGUGUUUGUUUCCAGCAUGACAUGCCCAGACAGUCCUCAGGGCAGCUUGGUGCUCUCAGAUCCAACCUGCAGUUAAACUGAGCACCGUUAUGUUAACUCAUUAUAUAAUCCUCCAGACACUGUGACACAUGAGAGCACCAUCGACUGCUCCACUUUGCUCACUUUGAACAGCUGCGCCUUGUUGGAGCCAAUUCCACAGGAAUUACGCACACCAUGAAACCCAUUAAACAACAGUUGGAAGACAUCUAGCAGCAGCAUGCAACCUGUUGGCUUACAGUUAACACACCCAUCACUAUUUUGUUGACAACCCUGCCUACUUUUCUCCAUGUGAAAGAGAUGCACGGAUGUUUAUCUUUCUCAGAAAAAAUGUUGAUUUUAUUAGUUUUAAACCACACAAAAGCUUUAGCUGGUCUGUUUUUAGUUCAUUUAUUGAUAUUUUAUUUGAAAACUAGUCUUCUGAUUUAUUUUACAAGAUCUAAUGUAACAUAAUGUAAUAUAAUUUUUUUUAUUAUUAGAUAGUAUCUUUAUAAAUCCAUGUUACCAAGUGAUUUACAGCAAACAUGAUUAAAAAGCUUGUAUGAUUAAAAAAAUAAGUAAAUAGAUAAAAAUAAUAGAAAUAACAGUUACCAGAAAACCCCCAAAACAGGGAGACAUAUACACUAAAAUGAUACAAAACAUACAAAAACACAGACAGAUUUGGGACUACCUGAAAGCUGGCGUAAAAAUUUUUUAAAAGUAAUUAUUAAAGCUCCAGUGAGGAUGUUUUGCUCUCAAUAAAACAGACUGAAAUUAAUAGGGAUGUUUCUUGAUGUCCUGCAAAAGCAAACAGGACCCAUCAGAAAGAAGAUGAAUUUUACUGCAGAUAUUUAUUUGAUAUGCUUUUAACCCCUGUCAUGGGGUUAGCUGUCAACAAGAUGUUAAAAAGCCUAUACAGCCUUUAAAAAUCUUAAAAGAUUUAUUGUUUUGUUGUUUUAAAACAAUGAUUUAACACAUGCACCAGGAGAGAUCCACAAAAAAUGGCAUCUGACUCACAUCCCUUUUCCAACUUUUAACAAUUUUAAACUCUUUUCAGUAUAAACCAGCUCUGUACAGUCUUUCUCAGAAUGGUCUGUGUUGGCAUGUCUCUUUAGAUGCAAACAAGCCCCUUCUUACCCCGUUUCUCUCACAUGUACUUCCAUGACUCUAGACGGAGAUCUCUGGGUGGAGGCCCCAGGUGAGGGUCAAGUAACAUUAAAAUAACUCACUAGGUGUUUUCCCGGGGCAUUUCGUUAACAGAACUAUACUGGAACGUCGCCAUCAUUUCGCCUUGAGGCACUCAUAACAACGCCAUGCUCCAGAGCUGUCAGAGCUGAAUGGACAUAGUUUGCCAGGACAGUUUGACAGUUACAUUAAUGAAAAAACACAUAGCAAACAUAACAGACUAAGCAAUAUUCCAUAAAUAAAAGAGAAAUAAAGGUCAGAAGUCUAAUCCAGGGUUAAAUUAUAGUAUAGACCAGUUGUAGAAGUAGCUACGCUAACAGUGGCUCCUCAAGCAUUGUCAGGUUUAGCUAAAGCUAAUGUAGCUACAUUAGCUUCAUAGUUAACAUUACUACAUAAGCUAGUGUAGCUAUGUUAGCUUUAAUAACGUGAGCUUUAGCAAACAUAGCAAGUUAGCUACAUAGGUAACAUAGCUAAUGUAAUUUUGUUAGCUUUAGCUGCGUUAGCUAUCUAGAUUUACGUGAAUAAAAAUAUGGUUUUAUGAGAAAAACUGAUAAAGGUGGACAGUAUGAUACCUACAUCGCUUAUGUUGCUUUGUUAGCUUUAACCUAAGCUACAUUUCACAGAAGACAAACUUUUCCCAUGUAAGCAGACUCUUAAAUCUUUAACUUUCUGUUUCCUAACCCUUGCCUUAACCCUGACCCUAUCCAGAGGUUUAUUCGAAUUUUAUUUUGAAAGUUGUAGAAUGUAUUCCCUUCCUGACUGAUGCAGAGUCUGCAAGAGUCAGAGAGCUGCAGUCAGACUGUUCUGACAGGGACUUUCAGAAAAAAAUGGAGCAACAACGCUGUGAAACAAAUGUGGGAUAGUUAAUUCCAGAAAAUCACUUUCAUCAUUCAACAUGUUUUAAAAGUUUUUAAAUCACGUACUUUACAGCCAUAAACACAUUUUAUUUGUACCAUUUGUUCAAUGUUUAAAUAAGAU